UACUGCUUUAGAGCGUAGAGGAAGAAUCCAGAAGUAGUGUUUUUUUUUUAAUUCCCUCCAGCUUCAUGUAUUCUUUGACCAAAGUGCAUCCUGUCAUCACAUAGCAACCACAACAUUACUUUAACCCAGUGUAUUAAAUUCCACUUUUGGAUACGUAAGAGGUCGGAACUUCUAUGCGUCUACAACGGUAACGAAGAUGGCGGGGAGAGGCAGGCUGGUGUCCUGUUUGUGUUUGGGUCUGUUUGGUGUCCUGUGUUGGGUGUGGGUAUCCUUUGCGUCCUUCCCUGAUGAACAGCGUAUCAUGGUGUCAUAUGAUACACUGGACCAAGGACCUUUUAAGCCCCAGAGUGCUCUCAGUGACAUUGAGCUUUCCCCAAUGAGUUCAUACCGUGGGCCUGGCAACCAAGACCAGCGUAGCAACAAGGAGCUGCCUAUUAUCCUGUGGUGGAGCGCAGGCUUAUUCCCACAUUUUCCUGGAGAUACUGAACGAAUUGACUGUGCCACCUCGUCCUGCCUGGCCACAAGUAACCGCAAGGUCCAGCUGUACAAAAGGACAGCAUCCAUCAUCUUCUAUGGAACGGACUUCCGCGCCUACGAAGCACCGCUCCCUCGUCUCCACCACCAGACGUGGUGUCUUUUCCAUGAAGAGUCCCCCAUGAAUAACUACCUCCUAUCUCACGGCCCGGGCAUCAGGCUGUUCAACUACACUGCUACGUUUCGCCGGGAGUCUGACUACCCUUUGACGCUGCAGUGGCUGCCAUCUCUGAGCUACCUGCUGGAGCCUACAGUGGUUUCUCUCAAGGAGAAGAACCGGCUGAGGCGGGAGGGCUUUGCCCCCGUACUCUACAUGCAAUCUCACUGUGACGUGCCCUCUGAUAGAGACAGAUACGUCAGAGAACUCAUGAAGUACAUUGAGGUGGAUUCUUACGGUAAAUGUCUGAACAACAAAGCUCUGCCUGCACAUCUAGAAGACACAUCCACGGCCACAGGCGAGGAGGCCUCCUUCAUGAGAUUUGUCGGCCGCUACAAGUUCCACCUGGCGCUGGAGAACGGCCGCUGCCAAGACUACAUGACUGAAAAGCUAUGGCGGCCCCUCCACCAGGGCUGUGUUCCUGUGUACCGGGGCUCUCCUGUGGUGGCAGACUGGAUGCCCAACAACCACUCCGUCAUCAUAAUCGAUGACUUCCCCUCACCUAAAGCUCUCGCCAGCUUCCUCAAAUUUCUAGACGAGAACGACAAUGAAUAUGCCAAAUAUUUGGCAUUCAAAAACAUCCACAGUGUCACUAACACUCAUUUGCUGGAGGCUCUUGAGACCCGCGAAUGGGGGGUCAACGACAUGAGCAAACCCAACUACUUGAAUGGAUUUGAGUGCUAUGUGUGUGACCGUGAGAAUGCACGGCUGGCUGCAGAGCGAGCCAGUAGAAAAGCUCCUGAGAUAAACCUGCCUCCAAAACCAAAGAUGGCCACCAACGCUCACAUGGGAUGCCCUCUUCCCAGCCCGGGGUACGGAGAAGUCCAAGACCUGCCUGCAGAUGACGGAUGGUUGCAAAUGUGGCCUCAGGACUACUGGCAGAGCCUGGACCAAGCUGAGGGGCUGGAGGCUCUGAUAAGGACAAACGAGUCGGAUCCUGCACUGUUGUGGAAGCACAUCCAAAGAAUCACCGUGAGGCGAGCCAGAGGCAAACAUUGAUGGCGGCCUUAAACAGGCCAAGGAGGAUGGAAGACAUCCAAGAGUCCAGAUGUGCUCCACAGAAUGCAGAAACUUUUUUUUUUUUUUUUUUUUUCUAAUGAGGGAAUGAAGCACAUGCCUUAUUUGCACCUGCGCACAAAACUCCUGUUCUCCAAUGGGCAGUUCAAUUGAUUUUGGUAUUUUUUUAAGACACAUACUUCAAGUUCAAUAAUGUUAAGGUGCUGGGCAUUAACUUUAAAUUGUCUCCAGCACAGUUAGUCCAUAGGGGCACAUUGUCAUUCUGGGGGGGGGGCAUGUUUGCAUUGGAGUGAUGCCAAGUGAGCCCUGCCCAACUGUGUGUGAGGACAAUCAGGACAGAAGCCACUGGACGUAAUUAGCGCCCCCACCACCUCCCUUUUUUUUUUUAGUAGCCUGAUGGUUUGCUAUACACGUUUUAUGUGACAAUGCAAAGAAAAAAUGUUACUUAGCUGAUAUUUUAACAGUUUGUCACCAAUUUUAUGACAUGGUGCAAUGAUAUGUGAAAUACAUUUUUUUUAUCAAGCUUUUUGUACAUGCAAAAUGAGCACACUAUAUGUUUUUAUACCUGUAUAAAUGUUUUAUUUUUUGAACAAGUAUCAGUAAACCAGUGAACAGA